UGUUCCCUCACACAAAGCCCAGACGCGGAGAAAAUGGCGGCAGGGGUCGAGGCGGCGGCCGAGGUGGCAGCGACGGAGCCCAAAAUGGAGGGGGAGAGCGGCGCUCCCGGCGCGCCAAGCGGCAACGGGGUUCCGGGUCCGAAAGGUGAAGGAGAACGACCUACUCAGAAUGAGAAGAGAAAGGAGAAAAACAUAAAAAGAGGGGGCAAUCGCUUUGAGCCAUAUGCCAAUCCAACCAAACGAUACAGAGCCUUCAUUACAAACAUACCUUUUGAUGUGAAAUGGCAGUCACUUAAAGACCUGGUUAAAGAAAAAGUUGGUGAGGUAACAUACGUGGAGCUCUUAAUGGACGCUGAAGGAAAGUCAAGGGGAUGUGCCGUUGUUGAAUUCAAGAUGGAAGAGAGCAUGAAAAAAGCUGCCGAAGUUCUAAACAAGCAUAGUCUGAGUGGAAGACCACUGAAAGUCAAAGAAGAUCCUGAUGGUGAACAUGCCAGGAGAGCAAUGCAAAAGGUGAUGGCUACGACUGGUGGGAUGGGUAUGGGACCAGGUGGCCCAGGAAUGAUUAAUAUCCCACCCAGUAUCCUAAAUAAUCCUAACAUCCCAAAUGAGAUUAUCCAUGCAUUACAGGCUGGAAGACUUGGAAGCACAGUAUUUGUAGCAAAUCUGGAUUAUAAAGUUGGCUGGAAGAAACUGAAGGAAGUUUUUAGUAUGGCUGGUGUGGUGGUCCGGGCAGACAUUCUUGAGGAUAAAGAUGGAAAAAGUCGUGGAAUAGGCACUGUUACUUUUGAACAGUCCAUUGAAGCUGUGCAAGCUAUAUCUAUGUUUAAUGGACAACUGCUAUUUGAUAGACCAAUGCACGUGAAAAUGGAUGAGAGGGCCUUACCAAAGGGAGAUUUUUUCCCUCCUGAGCGUCCACAACAACUUCCCCAUGGACUUGGUGGUAUUGGCAUGGGGUUAGGACCAGGAGGGCAGCCUAUUGAUGCCAAUCACCUAAAUAAAGGCAUUGGCAUGGGAAACAUAGGACCUGCAGGAAUGGGAAUGGAAGGCAUAGGAUUUGGAAUAAAUAAAAUGGGAGGCAUGGAGGGUCCCUUUGGUGGUGGUAUGGAAAACAUGGGUCGAUUUGGAUCUGGGAUGAACAUGGGCAGAAUAAACGAAAUCCUAAGUAAUGCACUGAAGAGAGGAGAGAUCAUUGCAAAGCAGGGAGGAGGUGGAGGUGGAGGCAGUGUCCCUGGGAUCGAGAGGAUGGGCCCCGGCAUUGACCGCAUUGGGGGUGCUGGCAUGGAGCGCAUGGGCGCAGGCCUGGGCCAUGGCAUGGAUCGUGUGGGCUCUGAAAUUGAGCGCAUGGGCCUGGUCAUGGACCGCAUGGGCUCCGUCGAGCGCAUGGGCUCUGGCAUUGAGCGCAUGGGCCCACUGGGCCUCGACCACAUGGCCUCCAGCAUCGAGCGCAUGGGCCAGACCAUGGAGCGCAUUGGGUCUGGCGUGGAGCGCAUGGGUGCCGGCAUGGGCUUUGGCCUGGAGCGCAUGGCCGCACCCAUCGAUCGUGUGGGCCAGACCAUUGAGCGCAUGGGCUCUGGUGUGGAGCGUAUGGGCCCUGCCAUUGAGCGCAUGGGCCUGAGCAUGGAUCGCAUGGUGCCCGCAGGCAUGGGGGCUGGCCUGGAGCGAAUGGGCCCUGUGAUGGAUCGCAUGGCCACCGGCCUGGAGCGCAUGGGCGCCAACAACCUGGAGCGCAUGGGCCUGGAGCGAAUGGGCGCCAACAGUCUGGAGCGCAUGGGCCUGGAGCGCAUGGGUGCCAACAGCCUGGAGCGCAUGGGUCCCGCCAUGGGCCCGGCCCUGGGCGCUGGCAUUGAGCGCAUGGGCCUGGCCAUGGGUGGCGGUGGCAGUGCCAGCUUUGACCGUGCCAUCGAGAUGGAGCGUGGCAACUUUGGAGGAAGCUUCGCAGGUUCCUUUGGCGGAGCUGGAGGCCAUGCUCCUGGGGUGGCCAGAAAGGCCUGCCAGAUAUUUGUGAGAAAUCUCCCAUUUGAUUUUACAUGGAAGAUGCUAAAGGACAAAUUCAACGAAUGUGGCCACGUGCUGUAUGCGGACAUCAAGAUGGAGAAUGGGAAGUCCAAGGGGUGCGGUGUGGUUAAGUUUGAAUCUCCAGAGGUGGCUGAGAGAGCCUGCCGGAUGAUGAAUGGGAUGAAGCUGAGUGGCCGAGAGAUUGAUGUUCGAAUCGAUAGAAAUGCUUAAGCAGUUGCCUUUUUUAAACAUCGAUACCAGACCUCUGAAUUUGUAUUUUUUCUUGUUAACCAUUUUAAUUUGUUGGCUGGAUGUAUAAAGAUGUUUAAAAAAUUCAGUUGCUUUUUGGGGUAAUUUGAAUUACUUUUUUAAUGACUGGGGUUCCAUUUGACUGUUUGCAUUGAGAUUGCAAUGUGCACAAUUUUUUUUGUAGUUGUGGCAUCUUGUUGACAUCAAAUAUGACUUUGAUAAUAAAUACCAGUUCCUGAAAGCUG